CAAGUCCUAUGGCCUAUGCAAGUAUAGCAUCCCUUAUAAGAACAAUGGAACUGCUGUUGACGUCCGAUUCACCAAUGUUAUCCCUUACUUUUGACCACAGAGAAGAAAUCAUAGAGCUUCAUAAAAAAGUCAGUUCUAUAGAAGCAUUUCUCAAGAACUCUGAGAAACAAAUCAGUGAUUAUAGGGCAAUGACAGAGCUGGAAGCGCGGAUAAAGGGAUUUGCAAAUGUCGCAGAAGACAAAAUUGAAUAUGGACUAAGAGAAGCUAUGAUAGCAGAGGAUGAAAUGCAGAGAGGAAAAGCACAUGAGGAACUUCGUGAGAGCUUGCAACGAGUAGCAAAGGACAUUGACCGUGUUCAAAAAGAGUCGAAAAAGAUUCAACAUCAUAAAGGUAGCCAAGCAUCGACGUUGUCCCUGUUACGAGAUACAAGUAGCUCAGAAAAAUUACCUAAUCUGGAAGUUUCGAACAAUAUGGUGGGACGUGACAAGGAAAAGAAAAGGAUGCUUGAAGAACUCAGACGAGUCUCUAAAGAUGAACUAAAAGUCAUCCCAAUUGUUGGGAUGGGUGGCAUUGGUAAGACAACUUUAGCAAAACAAGUCUUCAACCAUCCUUCGAUUAAGUCUCGUUUUGAUGUUCGUGCUUGGGCUACUAUAUCUAAAGAAUACAAUGUGAAAGAAAUCCUGCUAAGUCUUCUUCAGUCGAUAAUCAAUAUCGAUGACAAAGUCUACAGCAGAGAUGAGGAUGAGCUAGCAGACCUACUACAGAAAAAAUUGAAAUGUAGGAGGUAUCUUAUUGUCAUAGAUGACAUAUGGAGCAAUAAAGCAUGGGAUGACACAAAACAAUGUUUUCCAAUUGAUAAUAAUGGAAGUCGAAUAUUGUUGACUACCCGUCAUACUGAGGUAGCUAUUUAUGCUAGAUCAAGUAAUCUUCUUUUAAAGAUGAAUCUCAUGAAUUCAGAUGAGAGUUGGAACCUUUUUAAGAGCAAGGCGUUUGUAAAUGAAAGCUUCCCGCCUGAACUACAGACCAUAGGUGAGAAAAUUGCAAGCAAAUGUCAAGGGUUACCACUAACGAUUGUCGUGGUUGCUGGUCUUCUCUCCAAAUCAAAGAGAACAAAAGAAGAAUGGGAGAAUGUUGCUGAGAAUAUUAAGUCGUUUGUAACGAAAGAUCCUGAUGAACAAUGUCUACAUGUGCUCGGAUUGAGUUACAACUACUUGCCUAAUGACUUAAAAGCAUGCCUUCUGUAUUUUGGAAUAUUUCCAGAAGACAGUGAAAUUUCAGUGAAGAGAUUGGUGAGAUUAUGGAUUGCUGAGGGAUUCUUGAAGCUGGAGGGUGACUUGGAAGAAGAGGCUAAAAACCGUUUGCAGGAUCUCGUGGAUAGAUGUCUAGUUUUAGUUAGCAAAAGAAGUGCAGAUGGAAGAAAAAUAAAGACAUGUAGGAUUCAUGAUCUGGUCCAUGAGUUAUGCUUGAGAGAAGCACAAAGCCAAAACUUUUUGUUUAUCAGAAAUGAUAAAACAGAAUCCGUUCCUCGUGUGGGAUGUCAAUGGAUUAGCAUACAGAAAAGUCAACAAACUGAUGUUGAGUUUCAGGAUGAGCAUUGGUUUAGGUCCCUUACACAUAAACUUUGCUGGUUGAUUAGGACGCCUACCGAUGAUGAUAAGAGUCCCUUGAGAAGAAUUCGAUCAAUUUUCCUGUUUGCUGCACCUUCUUUCAGUAACAAUUCCAAUUUAAAGCUUGGUCAUUUGAAUUUAAUCAGAGUCUUGGACUUGAGUUCAAUGUACUUCUCAAGCUUUCCCCUGCAGAUACUUACUCUCUUUUUGUUGAGGUACCUAUCCUUUUCGACUCGUAAUUCUUUUGGCAUACCUGGAGGACUUUGCAGAUUACUGAAUCUACAAACAUUCAUCGUUCGAGGGCCAGUUAUCUCAUUUAUUAAGUUCCCGGAACUAAUUUGGGAAACAACACAAUUAAGGCACCUGAAACUCAGGAACUUUUAUUUGCCAGAUCCUCCAAGUUCAUCCAUUGAUGGAGAGACGAACUUGUUUUGGCCAAACAUACAGUCUGUUUCGGGCUUGAUUCCUUAUUGUUGCACUAAGAAGAUCCUUUCAAGAUUUCAAAACAUUAAGAAAUUAUGUAUUCGGGGGUACGUGUAUGACUAUGGAGUGCACGAAGAAGAUAUGGACCUCCGUCAUCUUGUUGAUCUGCAUCAGCUAGAAACAUUGAGUGUUAAAGUUGAUCGUUAUCAGGUAAGUCACGGGAGUUCAAGAUUCCAUAAAUCGCCUGUUUUACAUUUUCCAAUAAAGUUGAAGAAGUUAAAACUGGUCGGAACUUGUCUAUCAUGGGAGGAGUUGAACAUCAUAGGGCAAUGGCCUAACCUUGAGGUGUUGAAGCUGAAACCAAAUGCUUGUCAUGGCCUAGAAUGGCGUCCAAUUGAAGGAAGAUUUCCACAGUUGAAGUUUUUGCUAAUUGAAGGUACAAAUCUGAAAUGUUGGAAAGCCACAAAUGAUCAUUUCCCUGCUCUUGAGCAUCUAGUGAUCAGGCAUUGCUUUCAUUUGGAGGAGAUCCCUAUUGAGUUUGCUGAUAUUUACUCGCUACAACUAAUCGAGUUACAGAACUGUACUGCAAAACUCUUGGCUUCUACUGUGCUUAUUCAAGAAGAGCAAGAAUCCCUAGGAAGCAAAGCUGUGGACGUUCGUUCUUACAACGAUCCAGCUGAAUGUGAACUAAGUGGAAGUGAUUCUGAUUCAGACUGAUGUUAGCUAAGGAUUGAAGACU